CUGCGCUCAGAGCGGAAGUGUCGUCUCAGAGACACUUAUAAAGCUGCUUCCCAGGCUGAAGCAGACCAAUGCGUACGGGGUGAACCUGCUGAAGCUGAGAAAUGACAGAAUGUACAGGAAUUUAGUCUGAACCGCAUCCAUCCGGGUUCACGCACGCGCACCGGGGACGCGGAUCUGGGCUCGGACUAUGUGACUGCUGGCAUUUGUCCUUUUUCUUCCAAAGCUGCACAUAAUUUUUUAUUAUUAUUAUUUUUAUUAUUAUUAUUUUUAUUUUUUUUUUAAAGAAUGGAUCCGGUGAAACGGGUGCUGAAGUUGACCCGGUGUCCUCCGCCCCGGUUCCGAUCCAGGACCAGGGUUCAGUGACGGCCGUGGAAAUGUUACCUCUGGGGGGAAUAACCGUCAACGGCGGCGACGGCGGCGGUGGAAGUAGAAGUAGAGGAGAAAUAACGGGAGCGGGUGUGAGGAGAUAACGGAAUUACCCCCGUGUGACCGAGCAACUGUGUGUCCAGUCCGAACCCUGACGGAACCGGACACUGUCCAGUCAAUAGUUUCUAGGUAGACGCUCAUCUUUAGUUUUGCAUGUUGUUUCAUACACUAAAGCUUAAAGUCACGCAACUGCACCGCAUGAACCUUUAAUCUGAAGAUAAACGCACAGUAAACAUUUAUAAUCACACUUUUUUUUUUUUUUUUUUUGCGUUUUGGAGGCAGUUGCUGAGGCGGAUUAAAUGGACAUCAGUUGUCAUUGCAUUUUUCUUUUCUUUUUUUGUAUUCUAGUUGGACAUAAUAGUGGGAGGAUUAGACUGUAAAUGGCACAAACAGAAAACACCAGGCGACCCUCUGACGCCCAGGUGUAACUCUAGUAGUUUUUGGUGAAUUAUUCAGAGCCUUCUCUAAUUGACGCGAACCUUUUACGCACGUUUCCAAUGGAUGCACGUUGGCGUAAAAGUCCCGUCCUCUCCCUCAGUGGAAACGACAGUCCGCUUUCCAGGAUGUGUUUUUAACUUCACAGCAUGAACACCUCAGGAUCAGGAUAAGUAAGGUUACCUGCACCUGUCUAGUCAAGUUGCAUUACGCACCGGAAAGCAUGCGCUAUGGAGAUGCUCUAGGCCCGUCGUCUGCUUCUGUCUGACAAUAGUUUUGGAUCAAAAGAUGCAUGGCAGUCUGCUAUAAAUACACGCUUUUUUAUUCUGCUAAAAGCUAUUUCUGGCCAGCAAUGAUGUGGAUCCAAGUGUGGUGACUUUUCCUCCCUUCUUCCUCUUUUUCUUCUUGCCUUUUCCAUGCGUCUUUCUCCUCCCUCUCCAGACCUCUGGGCCUUGUUGUGGAUUGUGUUGCUAUUUAAUGCAAUGGGCUGCAUCCAGAGUAUCAGGUGUAAGCCGAAGAGUUUCCGAGAUAGUAUCAUCGUCCUGGAGGUCAACACUUCCAUCGACUCCAACCCGACCAGCAUCGACGAGUCCUCCAGUGUGGUUCUGCGCUACAGGACGCCGCACUUCCGAGCCUGUGCCCGGGUUCUGGUGCCACCCGUGUCCGCUAAAGAGACGUGGACCAUUGGCUGGAUUCAAGCCUGUAACCACAUGGAGUUCUACAACACAUACGGAAACAAAGGGAUGUCGAGUUGGGAGCUCCCUGACCUGCGUGAUGGGAAGAUCCAGGCGAUCAGCGACUCCGACGGCGUCAACUACCCCUGGUACGGCAACACCACAGAGACAUGCACUAUCGUCGGCCCCACCAAGAAGGACAGCAAGUUCACUGUUAGUAUGAAUGACAAUUUUUACCCCAGCGUGACCUGGGGCGUCCCGGUGAGCGACAGCAACGUGCCUCAGCUCAGCAGCAUCCGCCGUGACCAGAGCUUCACCACGUGGCUGGUAGCCAUUAACCAGGCCACCGCAGAGACCCUGGUGCUGCAGACGAUCCGCUGGAGGAUGAGGCUUCAUAUCCAAGUGGACCCAGAAAAGCCUCUGGGUCAAAGGGCAGUUCUGAACGAGCCCGUGGCCCAGGAACAGCCUCAGAUCUUGGGCAAGAACGAGCCCAUCCCUUCCAACGCCAUGGUCAAACCCAACGCCAAUGACGCCCAGGUGCUGAUGUGGCGGCCAAAGAGCGGUGACCCCGUGGUGGUCAUCCCGCCCAAAUACUGACCCGUUUCACUGACCAGACUGGCCUUUGAUACCUAAUCAGUAUCAUCACCUGUUUGUUUCCUGUUCUUUUAUUCCUGCUCUUCACCAGCUCUCGCUGCUUUAACCCCUCUUUGAUUUUUAUUUUCCCACUUUUUUUUUUUUUUUGCCUCAACAUGUAUCUUCUCUCUUAUGCUUCACAAAAAAACUGACACAGAGCAAAACAGAGAGAAAAAAUAAUACUAGGACUAAAGCAGCUUUGAGAAAAAAAAGACCAGCUGAGGCGGUAAAGAUACUUUAAAACUGGAGUGAACAAACUGCAACCGUUCUACCUUCAAAACUGGGUCGGGUCUCACUGUGCUAAAUGUUAAAACAAAAGCUGAAAACAAAACCAGACUUUUUUCUUAUUUUGGCUGUUUGGGCCAAAUCAUAUUGAGUUUAUGAGUGUGGGUGGAUUCAGUAUUUAUAUGACCAUGCUACAUACAUGGAUAUGCAUAAUCAUUGCAUAUGAAUACCAAUUGUGUUUUUAUUUAUAGGCUGGGAGAGAGUGCAUUCAAGUUGUGUUUGUUUGUUGUGUGCUUAACAUGAAAAACUGCUAUGGAUGACAUGAUAGAUUUAGUACUUUUUUUAAAAAACAUGCAAGACAUUCAGUCCAUGCUGCCUUACUUUUACAUCGUCGCUUUCCACUGCAAACUUUUUAGCCUUAAACAAAGUGCAAUGCAGUAUAUUUGCUCAGUUUGUCCCGUCUCUUCCAGACCAAUGGUGCUGGAGUGUGUGGGUUUAGGACAGGAAGAAGAAGACAACUGUGGACUUACAUUUACCUGACAUAUGUAUUGUCUCACAAUAAGAACCAGCAUUAUGUGUAGAUGCACUUACAACCAGACUAACCUGAUGUGUUUCAAGUGCUUUAUGUAGCAGAAUUUGGAGAUUGCCCUCUACUGAUGAACAUUCAGCAAAGCCAACCCUUCUCAGUAGCACUCAAACACAGUCCAUUAUAUGCGCAAUAACAACUUGCUUGAGCAGAACAUACUCAUAGGCACUUCUCAGCAGGAAUAGGCUAUGAAACGAUCUCAAAACCGCACAUUUUUACUUCCUAUAGAUGGCUUCAACAGCCUGUGCACAACAGAAAUUAGCGUGACACCUGCAAAGCGUCACACAGGUAGAUUUUGUGUUUGGCAACUAAAUUUUGGAAGAUUAUCCAGCAACACACUGACAGGUAAAUGUACCAAAGUAGUGAUUAAGUAAAAAGCUGCCUCUGUUCCUGCUGUUUAUGUCACAGUUGGACGCAGAUAGAGGAUCAGGGAUGCGUUCAGGUGCAGCCUGUAAACUCUGAUAUCUCCCUCUGUUCUGAACAGACUCAGAUUGUAGAUGUAUUAUAUUAAAACUGGAUUCUAAAUCCUAAAACGACACCCGUCCUCUUCAAUGACACAGCAUUUCAAGCUUUUCUGCUUCGUCCAUAUUAAUACACUCUGGCUGCUGGAGGAAACUCUCUGGGAAUAAGAGGGAAUAUUUCCAUCACACAGUGGCAGGAUUGUCAUCUUCUCUCCUUCCACUCUCUAUGCAUUGUCAUUUUCAAAGCCCCGUUUCUCUUUCUUUUUAUGUGCCGUUUUCUUCUGUAGUACAACUACGGGUGUGGCUGGGGGGCUGCCCCAUGGGGAAAAGCUCUUCCCCCUGGGAAAUGCCCUGUCCAGCCUGCCAGAGCUGAAUGGAUCCUGUUUGAACCCCCCCAGCCCGUUUGACAAUCACAGAUGCCUGCCCCCCCCACCCCCACAUUGGUUUUCUACCCCCCCAAACAAGCAAAAUGCUCACCCACAUAUGACACGCUGGUCACACCUCUGAGUGCAACGAACUCCCAUUUGUGCACAUAUUCUGCCCAGACGUGGCCAAAUAACGCUGACAUAGUGGAGGCGUACAGCACUGGUACACAGUUAACACACUGUGGAGAUACUGUAGGUGUGGAUAUGUGAGACAACAGCCCGUUGCACAUGUGGACUAAUGUGGACUAAUGUGGACUAGUAUCCACACCUUCUCACAUGAAACAACGGCCUCACACACUGUACACUGUAGAGGAUGUAAAACCUGCACAUUCGAAAAACCAAUGAGAAACAGACUGAUACUGUGUUUGCAGUUGUAGGUGUGCUAUCAGCACUUUUAUCGUCAUCAUGGGGAAAAGGUUUUUUAGGGGUCAGGGAUCGUUUCUCCUGCGAUAGAGUGAAUGUCCUUAAGGGGAAUUGGUGAUGGUUCAAAGUGUCAGCACCAUACCCAAAUCUAUUAUUCCGUCCAUGGUGCCGACAUAUGAAAUGUUGCAUUCAAGUACUCCUUGCAGAUUCAGAAAUCUGUCCUCAAAAAAGGUUUUAAGAGGAAAAUGUGGUUAUUUGUCCUAUUUUCCACAGGCUAAAUACAUAAUAGAACAUCUGUCAUUACACUGAGGGGAUGAAAAUGCUUCCCCACUUUAGUCAAAGGAUGAAACUCGUUCCUCUGCGUACAACCAUUAUUUGGAUACUCUUCCAAAUGGCAGCAUUAUUAAAUUAUCUGUUGUGGUCCAUAUUGAUAUAGAUCAAUAUGGAAAAAAAAGACCUAGUGAUUAUAUUUGUUGCUGGUUCACCCAGUCCUACUUUCACUAACCUUGUCUAAUUUGACAUAUUUUGCAGUAAAAUCUUUCAACUUCCAUUUAGAGAACAAGAAAAGUUAUCUUUUUUCCCUUCCAUCCCACUUUCUGCUUAUUAAUUUUAUUCUUUACUCUGUGACAUGUUGAACAAUCAAUACUUCUGUGAGUACACAGUGACCAAGGAGCCAAAUGUUAAAAUGUGGAGGAUUUAAAUGUUUUUUUUAAAUGCUUUAACAUUCACAGAGUAUUCUGCCCUCUCUAAUCUAUCUGCUUUGUUAAACCUGUUUUCUAUUUUUUUGUCCCUAAUCCUCAAUUAUCUGUAAUCUUCAUCUACACCGGUAAUGCUAACUCCUUCUCCUCCUUUUUGCACUCAUUUUUAUCUGCUUUAGAUCCUGGAAAAGCAGAGCAGGAAGUUGGCAUAUAGAUAACCUAAUUCUCUGCCAGUUGCCAGUUUUAUGCUGCAGAAAUGUGGGGCUUCUCGCUGACCUCUUUAUUUUUUACCCCCCGCUAAUGGAAAACACAAACAGCCCUGAUCAGAUAGAAACCAACAUUAAGCAAGAUUCUACUCAUUUGACCGUUAAUAUCUGAGCAGUGCUUCAGCAAAGCUCACUUUGACAUUUAUCUGAAGUUAUGAUGGGAAACAGUCAAAAAUGUUCCUAUAUAUGUUUGAGUUUAUGCCAUUACUGUGCAGUCUGAAGGUUCAGAUGGUGCAAACAUCAUGCAGAUUCCAAAUAAGUCCCUUUUCCUGUAUAUAACCAAAGAAAUGAUUUUCAUGUCCAAUAUACCCAGAGUGUCUGACAAUGAGCUCCUGUUUUAGUUUAAGCAUCCUGUUCAUAUUCUGUCCAUGAUAAUGAAUAACUGAUACCAAAUGAUACCGAGCUGAACCACAGCUCCUGUAUCAAACCUCUUCUUUUAAUUAAAUAACUUCAUCAAACAUCUAAUUACAUUUUAAAUCUACAUUCAAUAUUUCUGAUCAGACCUCUUCAUAUCUGACUGAGACACUCUUUGCUUGGGCCUUGGUCACUGUGGGCAUCAUAGUGAAGGGAGCCAGAGGCGGGGGAAGGGGUGGGGGGAGGAGAGGGGGGGUGACUGUUGUCAUAAUUAGAUCUGAAGUGACACACUUCCAUGCCCUAGAUGGACUGAACUGUGUCGAACAUACAGAGCCGUAGCAAAGGCCAGUCUGAGUCAUGGCUGAGGUUCAACUGAGGCCAAACGGCAAAGUUCAGAGGUCAAAGCGUUGCAGCCCCUAAAACGCAGGGUGACGGUUGGGAAAGUCAGCUGUAGGGAAGAGCACCGUUUACCAGAUGACAACGGACAUAAUCCAAUUAGACAUUAAAGUCAGAUUGGAAGGAGGUUCACUUAUACCAAACUGAAGUACAUGUCAAACAGCAGUCACAGUAUCAGCUUUAAGCACAGACGCUUCCCAUAUUUUUACUUUUCCGAUUGACUGUAUUUUGAAUCAGAUUUUUCCAAAGCUCUAUGUUCUAUCUGAUCAGAUACACAUCAAAAGUAACAGCAUGUCAACAAAGAAAUACGAAGAGAGCAUGUAUUUAAAAGUACUCACUAAAGGCUCUACUGAUGUAAUAAUGAUUGUUUGGAGCAGGAAACAGCCAGUAUCAACCCAAUUCCUCCCCAUUCUGCAUUAUCCAUGAAUGACCUUUGACCUUAUUAGAGACCAGAUGACAGUUGAGUUGAACAGUUCUGUCAGAGUCAUAAAAACCCAAAUAACUACAUCUGAGUUACUGAACAUCACAUUCAAACUAAGUAAAAACACAGCACAAAGUGGGAGCGUUUUAGUCAUUUUUUGAGCUGCUGUUUAUUUAUUUAUUUUUAAACAGCUGUUUCUGACUCUUUUCAGUGUGAAAACUCACUCAGUUUGGGGGAGAUUCUAAAAAUUGACACCGAGACUUUUAAUUUUUGCUGCAAAAGUGUAUUUGAAAAGUACAGGUGAUCAGUUGGACUGAUAAAGCGGAGGUCAUUUUGUUUUCUUGUCUAAUAGUUUAAGUACUGGACAGCGUGCAGGAGUAACCAAGACAACAUGUAAUGUCAUUAAAGCUGGACACGCAGAGCGACCUGUGCGGUUAAAGCUCAUUGGAGGGAUUUAGCGGAGGAGUUUCACUGAUGCAUGUCUGCUGUUGUUGAGUCAUGGUUCUGUCGGAGGUUUUGUCCUUGUCAUAAACCAGGGGGCAGAGCAGACGCUCGCCCUGGGGCCUGGGGGGGGGCUGGCAUGGUAUCUGACCGUCACAUUGGUUGUGUGAGGUCCAUUUACCAGCCCUGCACGUGGAGCGUCUGACCACAGGACACACACUAACCUGCAGAGCCAUAUGCACACACACCUGUCGGAUAAGAAACGGAAUAAUCCAGAUAAUUGUUUUUGUUAAAUGACGAUGAGAACCUUUUAAGCAGAAACAUGUGCCUGUCAGCUAUCCACAAUGGAACAGAAAAAAGGGAGCUAUGUGUCUGUGUGCAUCAAUAUUGUGUUGAUGAUGGGAUAUUUUAUUACAAAGGACUUUACGUGAUUAAAAUGAUGUGCUUCCUUAAACCGAGCCACACAAAAACAAAGUUGCACAUGUGAGACGAAGGGCAAAUAGUGCCAAAAAUAGGCCAAAACUAUGCAAUGGCACAUGGUUCACGAGUCUUCUUGGCACCUAAUAAGCCACAUAAUAGUUAGUUUUAUUGAUCAGUCUUUGCAUUUGCUGUAUUUGUAUUUUCCAGAGAAACAUGCAAAUGCUAAAUGUAGCCAUGUGGGAAACAUGCAGUGUUUUGUGCUUGUAUCGGGCUGUGCCAAGAGAAGGUGACGCUCCGUUCACUCCUUUCCUAAACCCACACCAUUACAGUUCUUCUGAGGGCUGCUACUUCUGCUUCACAUGUUUAUGGAACAAUUUACCCUGUAGUAAAUUAAUAUUAUCCCUGUUUACCACUAUUACAACCAUUAAAUGCCCCAAAAGUUCAUAACUCAACUUUUUUUUUAUGGCUUUUUGUUUUAAUGCUUAUUCGUUUCUGUCAGUUUAUGUUGUUGUUCUGUGGUUUAAAUACAACCCUAAAUGCACAACUAAAAAUGAAAAGAAAAAAUAUAUAUUUGAGGUACUUGUUUGUUUUCUGGAAAUACAGCACUGAGAUAGUUGGAGCAGGAUGUGAUUUUCCUUUUGUUAUGCUUUGACUUUUACACCUAUACUUGAAAAAUGGAUCUGUUCUGGCAAAUAUAUAAAACUGUGAAAAAUGCACAACCUGUGGGGAACCUCCCCGAAAAGGAAAAAAAAAAAAAUACAAGAGGUCUUUUUCAUGAAUGAAUAAAAUGUACAAAUGUUA